ACUCACGAUAACACACAUCCACUGCUGUCAUAUCGACUGCACCUCCAGCUGGGUCACGGCGCAAUGAUUCACCUCAGAUGUCCCGAUAGAGCGACAUUUAGGAGAUUCAUCGCAAUUCGCAGUGAAUAAAUCUGAUGUUUAACUGUCGGUGAGCAUGCGUGAGCGAGAGAUGGCCGGGAACGGCGGGCAGAUGAGCGUUCGGCACUGGACGCCGAAGCACGUGGGCCGCUGGCUGCGUGAAGAGGGUUUCUGCGAUUACGUGGACCUGCUGUGCAACAAACACCGCCUGGACGGCACCAGCCUGUUGAGCCUGAGCGAGUACGACCUGCGCUCCCCUCCGCUGGAGCUCAAGGUGCUGGGAGACAUCAAACGGCUGAUGGUUUCUCUCAGGAAGCUUCAGAAGCAAAACGCUGACGUGUUGGAGGAGCUCGGCCUGACGUACGACGGACACUCGCCUCAGAACAGUGCAGGUGGAGUGGACUGGUUGUGUAACGGUGAUUCUGCGCGGGAUUGCGAUGCCGUCCUGGACACGAUGAACGGCGACCAUUAUCACCAGUACAACAACGGCAAAUACAAGCAGCAGCCGCGGAGACUGGACCCGGAGUACUGGAAAACCAUCCUCAGCUCCGUCUACGUCGUCUUCGUCUUCGGCUUCACGUCGUUUGUCAUGGUGAUCGUCCACGAGCGAGUGCCGGACAUGAGAAUGUACCCGCCGCUGCCCGACAUCUUCCUGGACAGUGUACCCAGAAUUCCCUGGGCUUUUGCAAUGGCUGAGGCCUGUGGCGUGAUCCUCUGCUCUAUUUGGCUGCUAGUUCUUCUGCUUCAUAAACACAGGUCGAUCCUGUUGAGGCGCUUGUGUAGUCUGAUGGGGACGGUGUUUAUGCUGCGCUGCGUCACUAUGUUUGUGACGUCUCUCUCUGUACCGGGUCAACACCUGCAGUGCACUGGGAAGAUAUAUGGGGACAUGUGGGCGAAGCUUCAGCGUGCGGUGGCCAUAUGGAGUGGGUUUGGCAUGACCCUCACUGGAGUCCAGACGUGUGGAGAUUACAUGUUCAGCGGACACACCGUCGUUAUCACCAUGAUCAACUUCUUCGUCACAGAAUAUACGCCGCGCAGCUGGAACUUCAUCCACACGCUGUCGUGGGUCCUGAACCUGUUCGGGAUCUUCUUCAUCCUGGCGGCUCACGAGCAUUACUCCAUCGACGUCUUCAUCGCGUUCUACAUCACUACCAGACUCUUCCUGUACUACCACACGCUGGCCAACACACGCGCGUACCAGCAGAGCCGCCGCGCGCGCAUCUGGUUCCCCAUGUUCUCCUUCUUCGAGUGCAACGUGAACGGACCCGUGCCGAACGAAUACUGCUGGCCCUUCACUCGCCCCACGCUCCUCAAGCGGCUCAUACGCUGAGCGCACACACACUUGUACUGUGAAUCUUGCGUUGCCAUGAUGUAGAGGAGGCCAAACCCCGACUCUGACCCCUCGGUUUAACCACACAUCAACAAUGCCGGGCUUUAAAGGGAUUUCUGUGGCCGUUACUGUGGAUAACGGCUCAUUAUUCUUAUAUUUUAUGUCGGACACUAAAACUACUAAACUGGAACUAUAGAAGUCUUGCUUUUCCCGCUGACAGGGAAACUCAGGCCUCUUAAAGUCGGCAGUAUUCAUUUCCCCUAGUUUCAUAACAGUAGACGCUUGAUGUCGUAAACUCCUCAUUUCUCCCAAAGACAUUUCAACAUUUAAAGGAACUGACAUGAUCAACCUUUGAAGCAAUAUUGAACAUCUUAAUGCUCUGUAAAGAUCUCUGUGUGAAACCGUAUGGUUUUAAUUCUACUAUGAUUGUUGCAUAGGUCUUAUUGCCAUUUGUUGUUGCUAUUUUCAUAGUGCGGAUUUUGUUUUGGCAGUAUUACUAUCUCUGUAUAGAAUGACAAAAUGAAAAUAAUGUGUUUAAGACUUAAAAUUGUCACCUGUGUUUGAGUGAAUCUCACAAAAUAUGGCAAGGUCAUAUUUCACAUACACACAAAAAAAUAUAUAGACACACACACUAUAUGUUAUAUAAAUAAAUAUAUUUAUAUUAUA